AAAGAAAUUGCUAUUUUCGAAUAUUAUCAGAUUUAUAAUAUUAGUUCUUUUUUUCAUGCCGCAUCGCGCGAAUUCUAUGUUUUAGGAAUAUAACCGUAUUAUAGCGAUUAUUUCCAUUAUCUAAGCUUUCGGAAAUUCUUCGAGACGCAGAAAUAAAUGGUAUAUUGCAUUAUCUUCAUUUUUUAAUUCGACAGUAGAUGGCGACACCCAACAUACAAUUUUAGGCGUAAGCAUGCAAAACAACAGUUGCCAUGGCAAUCUUUCAGUUAUUAAUCUAUAAAUUUCAUAAAUUUAUUAAUCUGUGGCCUUUACCAUAAUUAUGAAUUAUGUUAAGAUCCAAAGCCUGUGUUUCUAGCAUCAGUUAGCAGUUAUCGCUGGAAAGAGUGAUUCUCAGAUUUCAUGAAGACCAUUUCUCCAGACUUCUAUAAUGACUUGGAUAAAGCUUCUUUUAUGCAUAUAUUCCAUUCAAGAAAUUCAUGGGACCUUACCUGAUUUGCCUCCAUUUGGCAUUCCAACGCUACUUUUAGAUUCACUCCAAUUGACAUUGUCAUCCAAACUGCUGCUAGAUAUCAUUUCACCUCAAGGCAACACACUGAAGGGCUACUUGGGAUGGCUGCCCCAAAGGAGCAAUUUGAAUUACACUAGUUGCUCAGAAGAAUCCCCUGCAGAAUCCAUAUGCCUACGAUAUGGUAAACAAAUGAAACUUUUAGUGACUCAAGAUAAUGAAGAUAAGUGUGAAACAGAUAGCAUGACAUGUCAUGCAGUUAGUUGCCACAAAGUCCAAUGGACGUUCCACCUUACUGGGGCAAUGGACUGUUUCAUCUUAGGUGAUGAUCUUUGGUAUGGUGAUGGGGUGGUUAUAUCACAGCGAUGGCCUUUACAAAGUGAUUCUAGAUCAUGGUAUCCUGCUGUAACCGGGGAUCCUUUACACCAUCCUGCAGGAAAUGUGAUGGAAAAUCUCUGGAUUUCUUCUGGUGGUUUUGCUAUUUAUGUCGAGCAUGAAGUUCCUUUAUUUGUAAGUUUUAAUGAAAGUGGAAGUGGAAAAUUAUGUUUUUCAACAUCUUACAAGAAGCAUCCAUAUCAUAAUGGCAUUAAAAGCAACCCGCAGUUGGUUUAUUCUGUAUGUUCAGCAAUGUCAGUAAAAGACGUGUAUUCUUAUGUCGCACAUAGGUGGCUGAAAAAGCCAGUUACAAUUCCAGAUGAAAUGAUGUUUCAGUAUCCUGUCUGGUCCACAUGGGCAAGAUACAAACAAAACAUUAGUGAAGCAACAGUUCUUAAAUUUGCAACUGAAAUUCAGUCUUAUGGCUUUCCUGCUAGUCAGCUAGAAAUUGAUGAUAAGUGGGAAAGUUGCUAUGGUGAUUUAGAUUUUGACAUCAUAAAUUUUCCUAAUCCAAAGAAAAUGGUGAAUGAUUUAAAAGAACUUGGUUUUCCAACAACAUUAUGGGUGCAUCCAUUUUGUAACAUAGAAUGCAAAACAUAUAAAAUUGGAGAAGAAAAUGGCUACUGGGUUAAGAAUAAUGAAGGGCAAACUCUUCUGUUUAAUUGGUGGAAUGGAGAAGCUGCAGCCUUAGAUACUACAAACAGAAAAGCAGUGGAAUGGUUUGUAAGUAGAUUAAGAAAUUUACAAUCAAUAUAUGGAAUAGAAACUUUUAAAUUUGAUGCUGGAGAAGUAUUAUGGUUAGCAUCUAAUUUUACAUUUCAUGAUGAAAUAUCAAAUUUACAACCUAAUAUUUAUUCACGAUCAUAUGCAGAAUUAGCUGCUCAGUUUGGUGGUAAAGUUGAAGUUAGAAUUGGAUAUGAAUCUCAGCAUCUUCCAGUAUUUGUGCGCAUGUUUGACAAAUUUUCUCACUGGGAUUAUGCAAAUGGACUGCAAACAAUAAUACCAUCAGCCCUUCAUUUAUCAUUGUUAGGCUAUAACUUUAUACUACCAGAUAUGAUUGGUGGCAAUAAUUACAAUUCCCCAAUAGGUUCUUUGCCUGACAAAGAGUUGUACAUUCGCUGGCUAGAAGCAUGCAUCUUCUUUCCUGCUAUUCAGUUCUCAAUAACGCCAUGGGAUUAUGAUGAUGAAGUAGUUAAUAUUUCAAGAAAGAUGGUUGCUUUGCAUGAAAAAUACUCCACACACAUACUAACAUCAGCAAUACAAGCUACAGAAACUGGAGAACCAAUCAUUCGUCCACUGUGGUGGAUAGCACCAGAAGAUAUUGUUGCAUUAAGUACUGAUUCACAGUUUCUUAUAGGGGAUGGAAUAAUGAUAGCCCCAGUUUUAGAAUGGGGAAAGAAGAAACGUGACAUAUACCUUCCUGAAGGUAAAUGGACUGAUGUUCAGACAGGAAAAUUACUUGAAGGCUCACAGUGGUUAUAUGAAUACAAAGCUCCCUUAAAUAUUUUACCCUUUUUCAUCAGGCACUCUUAGCACAUUAAAAAUAAAUAAUAAAGUUUAUUGACUAGAUUUUA